AUGUGGCCUCACAUUCACACGCGCAUCUUAGCUUCCUUGCUCCUAUUUCAAGUCACCAUGUUCGGUUACUUUGGCGUAAAGAAGUUCUACUACGCUCCGUUUCUGAUUCCCCUUCCGGAAAUUCCAAACAUGGAACUUGUUUUCAGAUCUUUCAUCCCCCCAAGCUUGACCGCCGAGGAGUCUGAUGAUGAUCAGUUUGAAGAAGCUUUGUCACAAGUUUCAAGGACAGGUUCAUUUGUUUGA